AGUACUGCAUUUAAGGAAUUGGUUAAGGAAAUGGUGGUAAAAGUAACUGAAGUGAGGGUUUUUCAGGGCUGCAAUCAACUGUAAUGGGAGGGAGGAAGUUACAAACUUCGAUCCUUCUUCCUACCAAAAUAAAUCAUCAAGAGAAGAAAGUGAAUCACUCGCACAAGAUCAGAUGGCAGAAAAUUAGGGUGCAGUGUUCUACUUUGACGACUCUUGAGAACAGAAGAACAGGUUACAGAAUUCAAAUCCAAAUCUACCUCACCAGAUGCACGAGUAGUAGUGAAUUGGACGAAAUCUGGCUUUUCAAAUGCUAUGUGGUUCCAGAGACAAAGGCAAUGAAUAGAGAUUCCAAAGAUAUCCUCUGCAAUGCCAUGAAGGACCACAAUGCUGACGUUCUAGUGUUGGGAAGUCAUGGAAAAAGACGUAUUAAGAGGAUUUGUACAGAAUGGAUUUGUUGAAAAGGCUUUAGAAACUUUCAAGCGAAUGCAAUUGGUAGGUGUAAAGCCAAAUUCCACAACCUUUGCCAGCAUCCUCACGGCUUGUGCCAAAAUGGGAGCUUUGGAACAGGGUAUGAAUAUCCAUCAAAGCAUAAUGGUUUGGGGGUUUAUUCAGAUUUUAUGGUUGGAAAUGCUCUCGUAGAUGUAUGCAAAAUGUGGAAGCAUAGAAAAGGUAUGUAAAUUGUCUGACAAAAUGCCUCAAAGAGAUGCCAUCUCAUGGAAUGCAAUGAUUGCAGGAUAUGCUCAAAAUGGAUAUUUUGAGGAUGCUCUCACUAUGAAGCACCCUG